AAGAUGGCCGGCGGCGGAGGCCGGGCCCCGGCGUGAGCUGAGCGCGGGCUGCAGUCCCGGCCAUGCCCUAGCCCAGUGGCCGCUAAACUCUACCUGACAGAGCCGGCCCGCCGGCGACCCCGGAGACAUGUCUCUACUUUGCGUUGGAGUCAAAAAAGCCAAGUUUGAUGGUGCCCAAGAGAAAUUCAACACGUACGUGACCCUGAAGGUUCAAAAUGUCAAGAGCACGACCAUCGCUGUGCGGGGCAGCCAGCCCAGCUGGGAGCAGGAUUUCAUGUUCGAGAUUAACCGCCUGGAUUUGGGGCUGACAGUGGAGGUGUGGAACAAGGGUCUCAUCUGGGACACAAUGGUGGGCACCGUGUGGAUUCCCCUGCGGACCAUCCGCCAGUCCAAUGAAGAGGGCCCUGGAGAGUGGCUGACACUGGAUUCUCAGGUCAUCAUGGCAGACAGUGAGAUCUGCGGCACCAAGGACCCCACCUUCCACCGCAUCCUCCUUGACACCCGCUUCGAGCUGCCUUUAGACAUUCCCGAGGAGGAGGCGCGCUACUGGGCCAAGAAGCUGGAGCAGCUGAAUGCCAUGCGGGACCAGGAUGAGUAUUCAUUCCAAGAUGAACAAGACAAGCCUCUCCCUGUCCCCAGCAACCAGUGUUGCAACUGGAAUUAUUUUGGCUGGGGUGAGCAGCAGAAUGAUGACCCUGACAGUGCAGUGGAUGAUCGUGACAGUGACUAUCGCAGCGAGACAAGCAACAGCAUCCCACCACCUUAUUACACUACAUCCCAACCCAAUGCCUCAGUCCACCAGUAUUCUGUCCGUCCACCACCCCUGGGUUCCCGGGAAUCCUACAGUGACUCCGUGCACAGUUAUGAGGAGUUCUCUGAGCCACGGGCCCUCAGCCCCACCGGCAGUAGCCGCUAUGCCUCCUCGGGGGAACUGAGCCAGGGCAGCUCGCAGCUGAGUGAGGACUUCGACCCAGACGAGCAGAGUCUGCAGGGCUCCGAGAUGGAAGACGAGCGGGACAGGGACUCCUACCACUCCUGCCACAGCUCAGUCAGCUACCACAAGGACUCGCCGCGCUGGGACCAGGAUGAGGAGGAGCUGGAUGAAGAACUGGACGAGGAGCUGGAGGAGGACCUGGAGGACUUCCUGGAGGAGGAGGAGGAGGAGGAGGAGCUGCCUGAGGAGGAGGAGGAGGAGCUGGAGGAGGAGGAGGAGGUGCCUGAUGACAUCGGUAGCUACACCCAGCGUGAAGAGGUGGCCGUGGCUGAGCCCAAAGACUUUAAGCGUGUCAGCCUCCCACCGGCCGCAUCUGAGAAGGAGGAAAAGGCUCCGGCUGUACCUGCUGAGGCCCACGACGUGGCCAAGGCAGCCCUUGAGCCGGCUGCGCCGGAGGAGGUGCCCACAGCUGAGCGGGCACCUGAGCCAGAACCCCCCAAGUCUGAGGAGAGUUUCAGGCGACGAGAGGAUGAGGAAGGCCAGGAGGGUCAGGACUCCAUGUCCCGGGCCAAGGCCAACUGGCUUCGAGCCUUCAACAAAGUGCGGCUGCAGCUGCAGGAGGCCCGAGGAGAAGGAGAGAUGUCUAAAUCCCUGUGGUUCAAGGGCGGCCCUGGAGGUGGCCUCAUCAUCAUUGACAGCAUGCCAGACAUCCGCAAGAGGAAGCCCAUUCCACUCGUGAGCGACCUGGCCAUGUCCCUGGUCCAGUCCAGAAAAGCAGGCAUCACCUCGGCCUUGGCCUCCAGCACUUUGAACAACGAGGAGUUGAAAAACCACGUUUACAAGAAGACCCUGCAAGCCUUAAUCUAUCCCAUCUCCUGCACGACGCCACACAACUUCGAGGUGUGGACGGCCACCACGCCCACCUACUGCUACGAGUGCGAGGGGCUGCUGUGGGGCAUCGCGCGGCAAGGCAUGCGCUGCACCGAGUGCGGCGUCAAGUGCCACGAGAAGUGCCAGGACCUGCUCAACGCCGAUUGCCUGCAGCGGGCUGCAGAGAAAAGCUCCAAGCACGGGGCGGAGGACCGGACGCAGAACAUCAUCAUGGUGCUCAAGGACCGCAUGAAGAUCCGGGAGCGCAACAAACCUGAGAUCUUCGAGCUCAUCCAGGAGAUCUUCGCCGUAACCAAGACCGCACAUACACAGCAGAUGAAGGCGGUCAAGCAGAGCGUGCUGGACGGCACAUCCAAGUGGUCGGCCAAGAUCAGCAUCACUGUGGUCUGUGCCCAGGGCUUGCAGGCAAAGGACAAGACAGGAUCCAGUGACCCCUAUGUCACUGUCCAGGUUGGGAAGACCAAGAAACGGACAAAAACCAUCUAUGGGAACCUGAACCCUGUGUGGGAGGAGAACUUCCACUUUGAAUGUCACAACUCCUCAGACCGAAUCAAGGUGCGUGUCUGGGAUGAGGAUGAUGACAUCAAGUCCCGUGUGAAGCAGCGGUUUAAGAGGGAAUCUGAUGACUUCCUGGGACAGACGAUCAUCGAGGUGCGGACACUCAGCGGCGAGAUGGACGUGUGGUACAACCUGGACAAGCGGACUGACAAAUCUGCUGUAUCAGGUGCCAUCCGGCUACACAUCAGUGUGGAGAUCAAAGGCGAGGAAAAGGUGGCCCCCUACCAUGUCCAGUACACUUGUCUGCAUGAGAACCUGUUCCACUUCGUGACAGAUGUGCAGAACAAUGGGGUUGUGAAGAUCCCAGAUGCCAAGGGUGAUGACGCCUGGAAGGUUUACUAUGAUGAGACAGCCCAGGAAAUUGUGGAUGAAUUUGCCAUGCGAUAUGGCGUAGAGUCCAUCUACCAAGCCAUGACCCACUUUGCCUGCCUCUCCUCCAAGUACAUGUGUCCUGGGGUGCCCGCCGUCAUGAGCACCCUGCUCGCCAACAUCAAUGCCUACUAUGCGCACACCACCGCCUCCACCAACGUGUCCGCAUCUGACCGCUUUGCUGCCUCCAACUUUGGGAAAGAGCGCUUUGUCAAGCUCCUGGACCAGCUGCACAACUCCCUGCGGAUCGACCUCUCCAUGUAUCGGAAUAACUUCCCAGCCAGCAGCCCAGAGAGACUCCAGGACCUCAAAUCCACUGUGGACCUUCUCACCAGCAUCACCUUCUUUCGGAUGAAGGUGCAAGAACUCCAGAGCCCACCCCGAGCCAGCCAGGUGGUGAAAGACUGUGUGAAAGCCUGCCUCAACUCUACUUAUGAGUACAUCUUCAACAACUGUCAUGAACUCUAUAGUCGGGAGUACCAGACAGACCCGGCCAAGAAGGGAGAAGUUCCCCCAGAAGAACAGGGACCCAGCAUCAAGAACCUUGACUUCUGGUCCAAGCUGAUUACUCUCAUAGUGUCCAUCAUUGAGGAAGACAAAAAUUCCUACACUCCCUGCCUCAACCAGUUUCCCCAGGAGCUGAAUGUGGGCAAAAUCAGUGCCGAAGUGAUGUGGAACCUGUUUGCCCAGGACAUGAAGUACGCCAUGGAGGAGCAUGACAAGCAUCGCCUGUGCAAGAGCGCUGACUACAUGAACCUACACUUCAAGGUCAAGUGGCUGUACAAUGAAUAUGUGACAGAGCUUCCUGCCUUCAAGGACCGUGUGCCUGAAUACCCUGCGUGGUUUGAGCCCUUUGUCAUCCAAUGGUUGGACGAGAAUGAGGAAGUAUCCCGGGAUUUCCUGCACGGGGCCCUGGAACGAGACAAGAAGGAUGGGUUCCAGCAGACCUCAGAGCAUGCCCUAUUCUCCUGCUCCGUGGUGGAUGUCUUCUCCCAGCUCAACCAGAGCUUUGAAAUCAUCAAGAAACUCGAGUGCCCUGACCCCCAGAUCGUGGGGCACUAUAUGAGGCGCUUUGCCAAGACCAUCAGUAAUGUGCUCCUCCAGUAUGCGGACAUCAUCUCCAAGGACUUCGCCUCCUACUGCUCCAAGGAGAAGGAGAAAGUGCCCUGCAUCCUCAUGAACAACACUCAGCAGCUCCGAGUGCAGCUAGAGAAGAUGUUCGAAGCCAUGGGAGGGAAGGAGCUGGAUGCUGAGGCCAGUGACAUCUUGAAGGAGCUCCAGGUGAAACUCAACAAUGUCUUGGACGAGCUCAGCCGGGUGUUUGCUACCAGCUUCCAGCCACACAUCGAGGAGUGUGUCAAGCAGAUGGGCGACAUCCUCAGCCAGGUGAAGGGAACGGGCAAUGUGCCAGCCAGUGCCUGCAGCAGCGUGGCCCAGGAUGCUGACAAUGUGCUGCAACCCAUCAUGGACCUGCUGGACAGCAACCUGACUCUCUUUGCCAAAAUCUGUGAGAAGACGGUGCUGAAGAGGGUGCUAAAGGAGUUAUGGAAGCUGGUCAUGAACACCAUGGAGAAGACCAUCGUCCUGCCACCCCUCACUGACCAGACGAUGAUCGGCAACCUCUUGAGAAAACAUGGCAAGGGAUUAGAAAAGGGCAGGGUGAAAUUGCCAAGCCACUCAGAUGGAACCCAGAUGAUCUUCAAUGCAGCCAAAGAGCUGGGUCAGCUGUCUAAACUCAAGGACCACAUGGUACGGGAAGAAGCCAAGAGCUUGACCCCAAAGCAGUGUGCAGUAGUCGAACUGGCCCUGGACACCAUCAAGCAAUACUUCCACGCAGGUGGCGUGGGCCUCAAGAAGACCUUCCUGGAGAAGAGCCCAGACCUGCAGUCCCUGCGCUAUGCCCUGUCCCUCUACACGCAGGCCACGGACCUGCUCAUCAAGACCUUCGUGCAGACGCAAGCGGCCCAGGGCUCGGGUGUGGAAGACCCUGUGGGUGAAGUUUCAGUCCACGUUGAGCUCUUCACUCAUCCGGGAACUGGGGAACACAAGGUCACUGUGAAAGUCGUGGCUGCCAAUGACCUCAAGUGGCAGACUUCUGGCAUUUUCCGGCCAUUCAUCGAGGUCAACAUCAUUGGGCCCCAGCUCAGUGACAAGAAACGAAAAUUUGCAACCAAAUCCAAGAACAACAGCUGGGCCCCCAAGUACAACGAGAGCUUCCAGUUCACGCUGAGCGCCGACGCGGGCCCGGAGUGCUACGAGCUGCAGGUGUGCGUCAAGGACUACUGCUUCGCGCGCGAAGACCGCACGGUGGGGCUGGCCGUACUGCAGCUGCGGGAGCUGGCCCAGCGCGGGAGCGCCGCCUGCUGGCUGCCACUGGGCCGCCGCAUCCAUAUGGACGACACGGGCCUCACGGUGCUGCGCAUCCUGUCACAGCGCAGCAAUGACGAGGUGGCUAAGGAGUUCGUCAAGCUCAAGUCCGACACGCGCUCCGCCGAGGAAGGCGGUGCCGCGCCUGCGCCCUAGCGCGGGGCACGCGGGCGUGCAGCACUGCGCCUGCGCACGGGGCGGGGCGGCGUCUGCGCGCUGGGACCUCCCAGAGGGCGAGUCUCCGGGCUCUGUGCAGAGGGCUGGCUGCGCCUGCGCCCUUGACUUAGCUCACCCCUCUAGGGAAUUGUGAAAGGACGACGCCCCGCCCCCUCAAGAGGCCACGCCCUAGGGCGCGAUGAAGGAAGAAGCCACAUCCCCUACUAGAAGCCAAGUCCCCAGCGCCUAGGAGACAUUUCGAGCUGGGAUGGGAGGGAGUCCCGCCCCCUAUGGAGGAGGCCAGAUCCUGGGGCUCUGGUACGGGGAGGCCCUGCCUCCUGUCCCCUGGAAAAGCCAUAAGAUGGGUCCCCAAGCCCUGGGACCCAAGACCAAUUGCCAAGUAUGGAACUCUCAGCUUCCUCGAGGGGCGGGCUUCCUGGAGGGCCCCCUGGGGUGGCCUAGGGGUUGGAGGCACUAGGAUGCUUGUUGGAGGGCCCAGGUUGGACCAGAGUGUCUUUUCGUGUUUGUGCAAAAAAUAAACAGGGAGGGAGGGGAGGAUGGGAUUUCAAAAGCACAUGCGCUCUCGGGCGCCCAAACCCUGGGGGCCAAGUGGACGGCUCUGAAGCACCCGUGCUGCCCCCACUUCCCUAUGGGGGUUUGCCUCUCCUUUCCCCCAGCAUACUCCAUCCUCAUAUAGAGUUCAACCCACCCAUUUAACAGAUGGCAAAACUGAGAGCCAGAGAGCUGCUUGAGACUUUGCUGAAGGUCCCAGUGCCACACCCUCUCCCCGCUCCCUUUGGCCUGUGUGCCCCAUCUAAGGGUGGGCUGAGAUCGGAUGACCCGACACAGCUCCCCAUUGCUGCUAACCCCCUCAGGGGAACUCCCCCAAUCCUUACAAGGGAUGGGGGUUCUGGGCCAAGGCCCCCACUGCCCCCCUCCCAUGUCUGGCUGCCAAGCAAAACCCCUGUCCUCUGCCCUUUCCACUGGGAACCUAUGGGGAGAUUCCCUGAGAACUCUAGAUCUCCCACCAAAAAAAGAGUGAGGAUUUGCGAUUCCCUGGACCCAGGCACACCUUGAACCCCUUCUUCCUCUUCCAGAAUUCUCCAGGUAGGCAAGAAAGAGACCAGAAACUCUAGGUGUGUGUAUAUGUGUGUGUGUAAAUAUACAAACAUGCUUGGAGCUUAGUCUCCAAAAUCUCAUUCAUUCAUUCAAACACCAGAGGUGGGGCCUCUACCUGCCUGAAGCUCUUCCUCCAGGAGGUAAUAGUGGGGCAAUCUGGUCAGAGUCAAGUUUCCCCAUUGUAGUUCAUGCAGGCAGAACCUUUUGGGAAAGUUUGUCCUGGCUUGUCUUUGCCCUGAAUCUGCUUUUCCACGUUGGAUGGGUGCUUUUGUGCCAUUUUUUUCCCCCUGCGGGACUGACAAGUACAGGAUUCUCUUGUACUAGAAAGAAAUUAAAACAGGGGCCGGGUGAGGAGUAGCUGGGCUCCUGGAGUGGUGGGGGCUGUGUCAGACAGCACAUGAGGGAGAGCUUGCUGAGGAGGUGAAAAAGGAGAAGGAACCACCGAUUAGAGAGAAAAAGCUCCAGGCGGAGGGAACAGUAGGUGCAAAGGCUGAGGUGGGCAGGCUUGAAGCACAAGCGAGGUCAAAGUGGCUGACGAGGGGGACAGCAGGGAGGAGGUGUUGAUGUCAGGGAGCCCUGCAGAGAUGUCAGACCAGGCAGGGCCUUGUAUGCUGCCCUGGGGAGUUUUUAUUUUACGCUAAGAGACUUGGGGGACCCCAGGAAAUUUUAAAGCUGAGGAGAGUCUGAAGGUCAGAUUUCAAAAUCUCCCUCUGGCCACCUCAUGGAGAAAGGACCAGUGCAGUUUGGGGGAGAGACAAAGUGCUUUUGGGACACUGAAAUUAAUUCCUGGAAAGAUUUUGGAGGGUACAUUAAAAAGAAAAAACAAACCUACCCCUUAGAUGAGCCUUGGGCCACACUGGGUAGCGUUGUCCCCAUUGUGCACUGCCCAAGGGUUUGGCGUGUCUAAGGAGGCCAUGUGCAAAUCCUAGGCAUUGAGAGUUGUAUGUUUAUAUUGAUGGUUUCCUGGCAGGUGAACAAGUCUGGAAGAAAUGGCACUGUUUUCUGAGUUACCUGGAGGUCCUCUAUGUCCUUUGAAUUUAGGCAGGUUCGGGUGCCUGAAGGUUCUGAACCAGAGACUAGGAUGCAAGUUCUG